AAUUAUUUUAUAUGACCUAUUCUGUACUACAUACGCAUGUACUUAGGUAGUAUCCACUAUAUACUAAAUUUGCCUGUACAUAUAACCUAUAUAUAUCUACAUAUAUAUAUGGGUGUAUGUACGUGUGAGUCUAUUUCUCACUACCUCCCUAUUCCGCGAACCAAUAAGAAUAGGCGGCAAGUUCGAAAUAGCAAAAGCAACACGGCAACACGGGGUUCAUUCUAGUGAACCCCCCCAGACUAAGGCGGUUAGGCUCGAAUUUAUUAGCAAAUGACUUGAACUACCUCCAACAACGAUGCGCCCUCCAAAUUCCCCACCCGCCUCUCCAUUACUCUCUCCAGAACGUCCCCAGAUCGACCAAGAUGCCUCACUCCUGUCCUCUCCUCAGCCUCAAAUCCCCGACCCAACCGACCUAUCUGAUCUCGACAGUCCUAUGACCGAUCUUCAGUGGUCACCCUACGCCCCGACACCUACUGCGCAUGCCGGCCCAGGCCACGCUUACGGUACUCAAGACGGGGAUGACGAAACUAGUAGCGCCGAUAGCAACCACGAUAUGUUGGACGUUGAUGUAGAAGAGGGCGGCGUGCCUCUGAAUGAUUUCCUCAUGGAGGAAAAUUCUAGCGAUCCGACCAACGAUCCGAAUUACGACCCGCCACCUUUUGACAAUGGGUUCUUCCAUCAAGAUACUCUGCCUUUGGUGGCACCACCUUCGCCACCUGUCGUCGUUGAAUCACCACUCCAACCCUUAGAUCCGAUCCCACCGCUACCCGAUAUUCAAGAUGAAGAGGAAAUCGAUCCUGCGAUUACUGGACUACAUCCCAUGGCUUUGAGCAAUGCCAAUCCUAUGUCUCUUGGCCCUGAGAAUCCGCAUGUGAUGCAGUUCCUCGACCUUUGGCAAUGGCAGAGUCAAACCGAUAUACAGCCUCGCGCGUCCGCGCCCGUUCCAUCUAGUCAACAGAUCCGUCGCUUAGCAGUGGAAUGCCCUCGGCGAGUCGAAUACAAACAGUUAGGAGGCGACUCUUACGAUUUCCAGGGCAUUAGUUGGGAGGACCUAGGAGUGCCGAGGCAUUUGGCGCGGCGUCGCCGUAUGACGAGCUUCCAUAACUAUGUCAAUAGACCGAACUCCGACUCAUGGCACAAUAGUUCGUCCGAUAAACGCCUGCGCCCCCUUGAGAAUUAUUAUCGGUUCAAAAGUAUGGAUAUUAGGCGGGAUGUGCGCCUUUUGCACUUUCAGCUACGCAAUAUCUUGGGUGUCGCAUCACGUACGAGGGUUUUCUAUCCAAGUUUCACAUCAAUCAGGGAACAUGACCCUACUACGGGACGAGAUCAGACGGCGAUACGCUUUGAUAAUCACACGGGUGGUAACAUAUCCACUUUGACUGCCAAUGAAGAUAUCUUGAUUGCAGGUGGUUUCUAUGGCUCAUACCAUUACCGUCAUUUAAAUUCAGCUAGCGAAGAAAUUGAGACCCAUGAGGGACAGUUAACAAACCACAACAGUGGUAUCACCAAUCACGUACAAAUCCACACUUCACGACACUCAAAUACGCCAGUGGCCGCUUUUGCCUCCAAUGAUUUUGGGUUUCGAACGGUUGACUUAGCUACGAAUAAGAUCACCUCGGAGAUCAUGUACGAUUUUGCCAUGAAUUGUUCCGCUCUAAGUCCGGACAAGAGGCUUCGUGCCAUAGUCGGAGACCAUCAGAAUUUGAUCAUUACUGAUGCAGAGAAUGGUGAGAUUCUUCAAAGUCUUGAGGGACACAGGGACUUUGGCUUUGCUUGUGAUUGGGCACCAGAUGGUUGGACAGUCGCUACAGGGAACCAAGAUAGGAGCAUAAGAAUAUGGGAUGCUCGCAGAUGGAAGAACAGCAAGGGUGAAAGUGAGUCAAUUGCUGUGGUCCGAACCCAGAUGGCGGGUGCCCGCAGUUUACGCUUCUCCCCUCUCGGGUCCGGGAAAAGAAUUCUAGUCGCCGCCGAAGAGGCCGACUUCGUUAAUUUGAUUGAUGCGCAAACAUUUAACACCCGACAGACGAUUGACAUAUUUGGUGAGCUUAGCGGUGUCGGGUUUGCUAAUGGAGGUCAUGACCUCAUCGCACUGUCAAGUGACCUAUCCCGAGGGGGCGUCAUGCGUUUAGAACGGUGCGAUACUGGGGCAGAAGAUACCUUUGACUACGCCCAUAAGGCAGCAUGGGAACAAACUGGUGGUUGGUGGAGAACGCCUGGGUAUGACUGGAAGCAGAGUCCAGAACAAAUUGUGGGAGCUGAAGGGUCACAAAAAACUCUUACCCAGAAACGACGACAGGCCGCCAUGUUAGAAAACUGGACCUUCUAACGCGGGCGUAUAUAAUGUCGAGAAUGAGAGAAAGGCUUGGCGGGUAGGCGUUAUUUUGGGAUAUCUGAGCAUUUUAACGGGCAGCAAGCGACGGCAUUUGGUUGAUUGCUUCCUCUUCCUCAUUCACUUUAUGUUUAUCAUUAUUCCCCUCACGAUGAAUUUUGCUUUCUAAUUAGGGUGCGCCGAGGAGCUCGGCGU